AUGCAAAAUGAUGGGCAAAUGUUUAAUAUAAACGGGGAGUAUUUUAUUUAAAUCAACCAACUUUACAAAGAGUUUAAUCACAACAUAGAAUAGUUGAGCACAAGUGUAGUCAAUUUUUGGAAAGAUUUUGAAAGAGAGUCCAUUAACGUUGAAAAACUGCAAAUUGAGGGAAUUGCUAUUGCUAAGAAUAUAUAAUCGACAUUCAGAGUGUUCUCAGACCUAGACAAUAUAAAGCUUUUCAAAGAUUAUCAAAUGUAUUUUCAGUUUGCCAUUGUUCAACUUCAUAUUCUAAAUGAUCAAAUAGCUUAUGAGCUCUAUGUCAACAAGAUGAAAAGCAUAUUGGAAACAAACAAGAUGUUUGAGAAAAAUUUCUCAUCUGAAAGAGAUAGUGAUUAUUCUAAUUUCAUAAUAUCAGAUGCUAACGGCUAGAAAUUUGGUUAAAUCUUACAAAUGAAUAAUAGUCUGAAGCAUUUGCUUGGAUGGACAGAAGAGGAUUAUACUAAAUAUAGAAUUGAGUCAUUUAUGCCAACUUUGAUAAAAGAGAAGCACAGUGCAUUCUUAGAGAGAUACGAUAAAACUGGUUAAUCUUUUAUCAUAAACAACAAAACUUGUAUGUUUGUGAAAAAGAGUAAUGGCUAUGUAAUUCCCAUUGAGCUAUUCAUUAAGUUUCAUUACUCCAUUGAGUAUUAGUAUGUGUAUCUUGCUAUUCUGAAACCAUUCUAUGAGAUGGCGCCAUUUAGUAACGGUGUAAGAUAUAAUACCGAUUAGCUUCUGUUUGUAAUCACUGAUGGUGAUGAUGGUAGAAUAUUCGAAUAUUCAGAGUCAUGUAAAAGUAUAUUAAAAUUCAAUAAACAGUAUACAAAUGAUGGAAUAAUUAAGAUUGUCGACGAAUUAAUAGAGAAUUUUAGCUUUAAGAUCUUUACACAGACUCGGUCUCAUAGAUACAUAACUGCUGAAAUAUAUGAAGAAAUUCAUUAUCUAGACCUAACUUAUUUAUCUGAUGUUACUGAAUAAGAUAUUGACAAAGGACUAUAAAAUUUAAACAAUACCCUAUUUGAUAAAUUUACUAAGGCUAAAACUAGAGUAUUUGAAGAAAGAUAUAGUGGAGGAGUAUUAGAUCUAAAUAUAUUCUGCUUCUUAUUACUACACGAAAACGAUGACAAUACUCUAUCAAGAAAUUUCAAUAUUGAAUAGACAAUUAUGAACACAGCAGUUUAAAAUUUGUAGAAAGAUUUAUCGCAUAAAAACUAAACUCAGAGUUCUCAUAUCGAAAGUGCCCAUGACUCCUCAUCUAUUACUGGUUCAUCUUUCUCAUAGAAAUCAUCAACUACUAGUAUGCUAGAUUAUAGGAAUUUUCAUUCAUUUAGCGCUCAAAAGACCCCUAGAUCACUAAAAAUUAUAAUCUAGCUAAUCUUUAUACUGUAUCUGGUAAUGAUAGUGAUAUCAUCAGUGAAUCUAGGCAUUAAUAUCACUAGGUAAAAACAAAGUGAGUAUGAUGUUCAUGUAAUUAAAGAUGCUAAUGAUAGAAUGAAUCUUGUUUCAAUAAAUUUGUUAAUAUCUCGUGUUCUCCUAAAUAUUGCAAACGGUUAUGAGCCAGAAAUAAGUUCGCUAAUGGAAGAUAGAUUUAAAAAUUACAAGGAAAUUUAAAGAGAAAAAAUUUAACUUUUAAGAGAAGCCCAAUCAAGUCUUUAACAAUCAAGCUUUGUAAAUUCCGAUGAACUUUCAUAUGAAUUGAAUGAAAAUUCAAUGAAACUUUAUUAUCUGAAUGAACAAAACUUGAGAUAUGAUAAGCAGGAAAAUAUAAAUAUUGCUUUUAACUUGUACAUUGCUCGAGUUGCAGAUAUGAAUUCAAUGACUAAGGAAUAAAUGAAGGGAAAUCAAGACAUUUAGACUUUGUAUCCAUCAACUGACCCUACUUACAAACCAAACAUCUAUGAAUAAACCCUCUUUUUCACUAUUGAAAAUGGUAAUAAAGGAUUUUGA